AUGACACAAUUCAGGCCCACCUACUACGGAAAGUACACCAACAACACCGAGGACCCGGCUCUUUUUGAGACGUUCAAGCCCAAGAUCGAGGUGUACCGCGCCAAGCUCGCUUCCGGCAUUCUGGAUAAAUAUGCUCUUCCUAAGGAAGUAUUAGUGCAAGAUCCAGGCAGUGACGUGGCCCGUGUCGCCGAAAAAGUGCUCACCCCAAACGAGCUGGCCAUUGUGGACACGCCAGCACACCAGCUCGUGAAACAAGUUGCCUCUGGCCGGCUGUCAGCCGUGCAGGUGUUUGAGGCCUUUGCCAAGACGGCCACUGCCGCUCACCAGGCUACCAAUUGUGCAAUGGAACUAUUCCUGGACGAGGGGCUUAAGAGGGCCCAGGAACUGGAUGAGUACUAUAAACAAACCGGCAAGACGGUUGGUCCACUCCAUGGCCUGCCAAUCUCGCUGAAGGAGCACUACGCUUUCAAAGGCAAAGUCACUCACGGCGCCACGGUCGCUAAUAUCGAGUCAGUCUCGCAAGAGUGGUGCUCGCUGGUCAAAAUUCUGCUUGAUGCAGGAGCAGUGUUCUACAUCCGCACCACAGAGCCCCAGAGCCUGAUGCAUCUGUGCUCCAACAACAACAUCACCGGAAAAUGCUGCAACCCGCAUAACACCCGGCUGACCCCUGGUGGGUCCAGUUCUGGCGAAGGAGCCAUUGUGGCCAUGAAGGGUUCCGCCAUAGGCGUCGGUUCAGACAUCGGCGGGUCUAUCAGAGCUCCAGCAGCAUUUUGCGGCGUGUUUGGUCUCAGACCCACUCAGAAACGACUUACCAUGCAAAAUUGCACAGCCAACAUUGUCGGAGUUGGGGAGGCCGUUGUUCCUGUUUUGGGUCCAUUAGCCCGGCAUGCAGAAGACCUAGACUUGUUCAUGAAAGUCCAAAUUGGUGCCAAGCCCUGGGAAACCGAUCCUUCCAUUAUUCCUCUUCCAUGGAGAGAGGUUUCUGUUCCUGCUCCGAAGGAUAUUAGAGUAGCCGUUAUCUACGACGACGGUGUUGUUAAGCCAACUCCACCAAUUCUCAGAGGCCUCAAGUAUGCAGCAGACAAGCUCAAGGCUGUGGGAGCAAAGGUUGUUGAGUGGGAAUCUUUUGGUGUUGAAGAGCUCGUCAAGGCUGUUAAUUGCAUGUACAACGCUGACGGAAAUCAGGGCCAGAAAGCCGCCUUUGCUGCCUCAGGCGAGCCGCUUUUUGCUCUCACAAAGAAUGCACUGAGUUUUGGAAAGGCUGACCAGCCGCUGCUGGCUGUGGAAGAGCAUUUACUCGUCCAGACCAGAGAAGAGUACCGCGAGCGCUACCUCCGAAAAAUGCUGGAAUUGGACGUUGACUACAUUCUUUCUCCAACGUACUUUUCUGUUGCUCCAAAGCUAGAGACAGCUCGCUAUUGGGGCUACACAAGUCUGUGGAAUAUUUUGGACUUUCCAAAUGUUGUUUUCCCAACUGGUUUGAGAUGCGAACCCGCUCUGGACGCUCCAGACAACUUGCACAAGCCAAGAAACGAUAUUGAGGCCUACGAGUAUGCUCUGUACGACAGCGCAGAAGACUUUAAGAACGCUCCAAUCUCGCUCCAACUGACUGGAAAAAGAUGGUUCGACGAGGAACUGGUCAAGGCCGCUGGGGUGGUGCAUCAGAUUGUCUUGGCAUAA